CCUACGGCGCCACGAAUAGAGCGUAGCGCUAUCAACUUACACAUACUUCUACCGACGCUGUUCUGUACGCAGGACUAGAUAGAGUUUCAGACCCAGAGGACGCAAUGCCUUGUUGCUCAAAGUACAGGGGCACGGCCCGUCUGGACGGCAAAACAGCUAUCGUCACCGGUUCGAACACUGGUAUAGGCAAGUGUACCGUCCUGGAUUUCGUGAAAAGAGGUGCACGGGUUAUCAUGGCCUGCAGAGACAUGACCAAAGCUGAGGAAGCGGCCAGAGAGGUGCGUAAGCAGGUGGAGGGUGUGGAGGGGGCAGGUACAGUGGAAUUGGUGUGCCUGAACCUGGCAUCCCUGGCUUCCGUGCGUCAAUGUGCCCAGGAGCUCCUGCAGAAGUUAGAAAGAAUCCACCUGCUUGUCAACAAUGCAGGAAUCAUGGCAUGCCCCCAGGGCAAAACAGAGGACGGCUUUGAGAUGCAGUUCGGUGUGAAUCACCUCGGACACUUCCUGUUCACAUGUCUCCUCCUGCCGCGCAUCAUCCGCUCUGCUCCUGCAAGGAUCGUCAUUGUGUCCUCCUAUGCACAUGAAUGGGGAACCAUGAAUUUUGAGGACCUCAACUUGGAGCAGUCAUACACUCCUUGGAAGGCUUACUGUCAGAGCAAGCUAGCCAACGUGCUCUUCUGCAAAGAGCUGGGAAGAAUGCUUCAAGGCACAGGUGUGACAACAUACUCGCUUCACCCCGGCGCAGUGAAGACUGAGCUGCAGAGACACGUGGAUGACAUGUACUUCAAAGGUGCUGCUAUUUUAACCCGUGCUUUUGCCAGCAUGUUCUUCAAGACUCCUGAAGGGGGUGCCCAAACCAGCAUAUACUGCUCUGUGGAUGAAAAGCUGGCCAGUGAAACAGGUCUCUACUACAGUGAUUGCAGACAGAAGACACCUUCAAGCAAAGCCUGCGACCCAGAAGCAGCCAAGAAACUUUGGGAGUUAAGUGUGAAGAUGGUGGGCCUAGGGGACUGGAAUCCCAUCAUUGCGGGUGACAACACACAGCCGAGCUAGACUGCCACAUGGCGUCAAGUGUGUGGUCUCUGAAUGUUGUAUUGUAAACAUAAUCUGCACCUCUAUACGAAUGUGUGUGUGUGUGGCUUUUGUCAUCACAGAAGAUUUGAAUCUUUUUUUGGUUAAUGCUGCAUUGGUCCUUUAACUCUUCAGAUUCACAACAAAGCUCUUUCCCAGAUCACAGAGAGUUGGGCCUAAGCUUAUUUUACAACGGUUCUUGAAACAUUUCUCCAGCAGAAAAGAAAUAGGCCUUUCACAAGGUAAUUAUUUGCUGAUGUACACAUCACAUAGUGAAUCGGGAUAGUGACUAGGCUAUGGACUGUACAACUGAGGAAUUCAGGUUGUUUGUGUAAGGGGCACAGUAUCAUUCUCUGCUCCACAGUGUCCAGACCAACACUGGGCCUCAUGCUCAUCUCCAAUCCAGUGGCUGUCAGGUUUUCUCCCCUGGCUGGAGCAUGAAGUUAGUUCUCGCCAUGACUUCACUUUAUAUCAGAAUUUAUGUUUAUAUAGUGAUAGUGAUCUGUGUAUUUAAAUCUAAAUAUAUUUUGCUUUUACCUAGUGCAAGGUCACAA